AUGGCGGCCUGCAUUGGAAAGUUUGCUAAAGUUAUCAGAGAUGGGAAAAUGAUCCUUGUCCAAGAGAAGACAUUAGUAGCUGGAGAUAUCGCCAUUGUAGAGGCUGGAGACAUCGUGCCAGCGGACAUGCUGGUUAUUGAAGCCGAAAAUUUAAGAGUUGAUUGCUCAUCUCUUACAGGCAGCGAAGACGUGGAAUUUAAAUCUCAUAAACUCAGCAGUAUGGAUCCUCUGGAGACAGAAAAUUUAAUUUUCUACGGGACACGAUGCGUGGAAGGUUAUGGAAAAGGCGUCGUGUUCAGUACUGGAGACAGAACGGCCAUGGCAAGCGUGAUAAAACUAACGACUGCCCUGCAACUUACCGAGACUUCCCUUCUCCGCGAAGUGAAGCAUUUCGUGAGCAUGAGGAUGUACGUGGCUCUAAGCAUUGGAAUCAUUGUCAUAAGUAUAUGCUUGGUUUUAAAAUUCUUCUGGCUGAAAGUUUUGACUCUGGUUUUGGUCUUGUGGCUCUCCAACAUGCCGGAACGUUUGUUGAACAUCGUUACGUUAACAGAAUGA